CCAGACUAGUUGCUCCAGAUCUAGAAUCGCCGAUAUUUUAUACCGCUACCUUUAAUCUUUUAUCGAGUUUCUAUUACGAACUCAAGGUCCUUGAAAAAGUUUAUAGCUAGGCAUCUUAUUGUGGCGGCUUUGCCACGUAAAAUAUUAAUUGUCGUGUUUGAUAUUACAUGGCUUGACAUUUUGAUUGUCACAACAAAUCGUCACUUUAUAAAGUAUUUACCUAUUUACUAUUUGUAUAUGGUGUUUUGAAUAAUGCCAUUUUACCACAAACCGAGAGAGUUUACACCGCUUUUGAUAGCGGCGCACAAGAAAUCUAUAAAGAAUGGUCUUCGACACGCUAUUUUUACGUCGAGAGGUGAUCAUUAUGUCGGCGAUUGGAAGAACGAUCUAAAGGAAGGUAAAGGCAGAUUCUUGACUGUAGGCGGAAAGUUGUAUGAAGGCGACUGGUUCCAAGGUUGUCGACAUGGCUUCGGCCUGCUCAGCCAACGGCAGCCAAAUGGUACGUUUAAACUGGUAUACCGUGGCGAGUGGGCUCGCGGCUACCCUGAUGGCUCCGGCUGGAUGUAUUAUGAGGACGGAGCCACGUACAUGGGGUUCUUCAAGCGAGGAAUGAAGCACGGAUACGGGAACAUGUGGUACGCAGACGGAACUUUCUACGGUGGUUACUAUCACAAAGAUAAGAGACAAGGGAUUGGUUUAUUUUUGCAAGCUGACGGGAACAGAUACGAAGGACACUUCGAAAACGAUCUUAAGAAUGGUUAUGGACGAUUCUACCACAUGCUGACCGGCCAGAUUCAGGAAGGUUGCUGGGAAAAAGAUAUCUGUGUCAUGUCUAAAAUGGCCGAUAUUCUGGUUCGACAAGCCUGCGUGAGACCUACGCCUUAUCCUAUACCAAAGGUUGAACUGAAAUUCCCGAAGCACAUUCUUGAAUACAGCGAAUUUUGGAUGAAACAGAAGGUGGGUGAAUUUGACAAAAACCUCAGAAAAUGCAUCGACCAAAUGUAAUAUUAAUAAUAAUAUGUGUUUUACAAGAUCAUUAAAAAUAACAACAUUGUAAAAUUAUUUCUUAUAUA